GGGGUUUGUUAGAAGGACUGUAGUUGUAGAGAAAGUCACUUGUCUGUGGGGACAGAAUGGAGCACACCUUGCUCUGUUUGCUACUAUUGCUGAGUACACACAUCUACUCUGGACACUUUGACGAUGUUGAUGGAAAGGCUGUUCUGACCAUACACCCCAAAUCCUCCCAGAUAUUCAGUGGAGAGUCUGUCACUCUCAGAUGUAACAUACAGAGUGGAGAAGUCACUGACUGGAAAUACACGUGGCGCAAGGACGGAGUAGACUCAAUCAGUAGGGAGAAUCAAUAUGAGAUCAGUGAGGUUAAGAUUUCAGACAAUGGUGACUACAGGUGUCUGGGUAUACAUAUUGAUCAGAAGAAGCAUUCUGAGUGGAGUGAUGCAGUCAGACUGACGGUAACAGAUCAACCCCAAGCUGUCCUGAGUGUCUCUCCUCAGUGGCUGAACCCUGGAGACUCAGUUACUCUGAGCUGUGGGGUUAAAGAGUCAUCUACAGGCAAGAGGUUCUUCUGGUACCGAACUGUUCCCUACACAGCUGGGUUACUCUCCCUAUCAGGCAGGUCCUACUCUGUAGAGCCUCUAUCUGGCAAUGGGACUAGUGAAGACUCCUACACUCUGAUCCCUGCUGGUCCUAGUCACACAGGAGGAUAUGUGUGUAGAGCUGGGAGAGGAGAGCCAGUCUAUGACAUACAAUACAGUGAACCUCCGUUUUUCUGGUCAGGAGAUCCGCAACCUUCAGUGUCUCUCAAAAUAAGACAUAACAGAACUCAACACUACAUCAAAGUCUCUCUCACUAAACUGUGAGGAAAAAAGGAACUCUACUGGAUGGA